AUGCCGCAGUCAGCAGCCGCCGUAUUUGAACACGUAGCUCUUGGCCUCUGCCAACACCUCCAUCCCCCCCAGCUCACCACAAUCCAUCCGUAUGUACACUGCUGGACACAACGUAUAAACACGUAUUUACCAUUACUUAGAACAUUAAUUCGUAGUAUGGACCAGGCCUGUUACUCUCCGCAUCCUUCCAUGGACUCCGCUUCAGACUACACCCCCGAGCGGGUCGUCCACACCACCACCACAAAGCGAAGACCGAGAGGUUCCAUGACCGCUGAAGAGCGUCGUGAAGCGCGAGCUCACCGAAACCGUCUCGCAGCGCAGUCCUCCCGCGACAGGAAAAAGGCCCAAUUUGAGCAACUUGCAACUCGUCUCGCAGAGUUGGAAGAGGAAAACCGCUCUUUGCGACUUGGACUCGCCCGACCCACAUCAGCCUCGUCCUCGUCCUCGUCCCUCGAAGCCGGCUUACUCCAAGAAAACCAAGACUUGCGAGCACGCGUACAGCAGCUCGAAUUAGCCUGGCAGAACAUGACCAAGAUUCUCGCCACCAUGGCUAUCCCUGUCCCUCUUCCGUCCUCAUCAUCCGCCGCCCUCCCAGCGAUGGCAACGACGACAAGACCAACAACAAACACACCUAUUUCCAACGAUCCAAAGCUUCCUCUCUCCCCAGCCCCAACCUCCUCCUCUUCGUCUGAUUCCCUAGAUGCGAUCACGUCGGAACCCACUUGCGAACUAGCACGGUUCGCGAACGUCUCUGUCGAGGCGUCCCUGCAGCGGGUGGCUCCUUCGGCGCGCUCUUUGGUGAUCAGACUGUUGGCGGAGCAGCAGACCAACUGGGGUCCUCCACGGUGUUUGACAACAACAACAACACCAUCACCGUUGGUAACCAAUGGGCCGAGUGUGGCAUGUUUUUGA